GUUAUCUGCAACGUAUCUGCACGUGACAAACAGGCGAACUGUCAAUUCAGGGAGAGUGAAGACGAUGAUUGAUAAGGAAAUUAAACGAGCUAAAUAGAUAACAACUAUCCCAAGAAGUAAAAUGAAUAGGCAAUUUGGAGAAGAAGAGUUAUCACGUUUGAUCUAUACCACUCUUGAUACAGUAGGAUUUCAGCGAGAAUGUGUCACAUUCAGGUCGAAAGCCCAAACAAAAAUCAAUGAAAGCUUAAACAGUAACUUUGCCAAGUAUGAGAUACCAUUAACACAUUUGUUUGUUGGGAGCACGAGUGAAGGUACUGCACUGGGAAAUAGCGAUACCGACUUUAUGACAGUAAUACCAGAUAGCGUAUGCGUUGAUAAAGCAAACACAAGUGGUUACUUCAAUUUUUUUGAGGCUGAUUACACCAACACAGCCCCGGGAUACACAAAAGUUGUUAUUGCAAAUUUGGAUGAAGAAAGCCCGUUUCAGAUCUUUUUUGAUGAUUCUCAAAUGUACAAGUCCUCAGCUGGGCGUGCAUACAUAUCUAGUACAAUUUUCAGAAACUUUCACUAUCAAAUUGCGCAAGCGAUACCUGUGUCUGCAUACUUUCACCAGUCCAAUGAAAAUGACUGUACUAAGACAAGUGGUCCGGCGACGACAUUGCAAAUUGGGUAUGCUUUAAAUGUAGACAAUGUCUUUUCUGUGUAUUUCUACGGCAGCAGUCACUUACGUAGCUGGGCUGUUAGGUUAAGGUCUUGUAAAUGGCCAUCCGCGGAUUUAAUUCGGGAAAUUUCGCAGAUGGAAGGUUAUAUUGUACCAGUUGGCAAUAAGUUCAGUGACACCCAAAACAUCGAAUGGCGCAUAUGUUAUACUACUGCAGAAAUGAAAUUGGUAGAAUCGCUAAACGAUGUUCAAGUUAAAUUGUAUAUCCUACUUAAAAUGGUAGCUACCAAAAUGAUAAGACCACUUUAUAAAGAAAUGACCUCUUAUGUAGUUAAAAAUGUAAUUUUUUGGGUGUCGGAAACUCAGCAUGAACAGCAGUUUCGUCCAAAUUUAUUGGUUGAUUUAUUGUGGAAGUCUUUGAUUUUCAUAAAAUACUGUUUAGAGAACAAUCACUUUCCAAACUAUAUGAUAUCUGAAAGAAAUAUGCUGGGCAACGCGGUAGAUUGUAAAGAAAAGCAACACACAAUACGCUUCCUGUCGGAAUGCUUGGAAAAAGGAGGAUCGAUAAUCCUCAUGAUACCAGAAUUACAGGAAUGCAUGAACCGUAUCUUAAAAGUCCCAAAUUUAGUACUCUACAGAGAUUGGAGAAAUCAAGUAGAACAACUUCUGAUUGCUUCGGCAAUAUACAAAUCUGAUCAUUUUGAUUUAGGAAUGUUGUCCAAAAGCACACUUUUUGGCGACUUAGAAUGGGAGUAUUUUAAAGACGAAAGGUACCUAGAUACUUGGAUCAAGCUUUUCAGUUUGGUAGUACCAGAGUGGAUGGGCCUGAUACUUACAGGAAAAAUCGGAGAAAUGAUUGAACUGUUUUUCAAAAGAUUGCAAGCAAUGCCUUCAUUAUAACGGAGAUUUGUUUUGCAAUUACCCAUUACAUUACCAUUUCUAAAGUCUAUGUAGGUGUAGUGCGGCAAAAUACAUAUACAGCAUAUUUGUUGAAAAUACAUCAGUUGCUUCUUGCUUCAUCCAUUUACGAGGAUCGUUCAAGAUUUUAAGAACUUGUGACGCCGAUGUCUAGGGGAAAAAGUAAUUAAACGUUUGAUUAUUUAAUCCCUAAACGUGUGUCAAGUUCAAGUGAUGCAAAAUUAUUUAUGCAUGCUUCUCUUUACGUCAGCUAUAACACCAAACGCUAAGUCGACGCGAUUUUGUGCGUAAUUGAUACGAGUCUCAAACAAUGUGAUAUUUCAAACAAUUAACAUGCAUUAUAAAUGUUAUUAUUUUUGAAAAUGUAAUCAUAAAACUCCGUACAAUAUCUGAGGGCGCGUUCAGUGUGCAUGAGAGGUCCUCUAAAAAUAUUUGUUAAAUAGUGUAGGCGGUUAUUUGAGUGCAAGAAAAUUGAGCGUGAUAGUCUGAAAUUUUAUAUAUUUGCGAAUGCCUUACACAUUGUGCAAUUGAAGUGAACUUUUUAUUUCUCACUUUAUCCCAUUUAGCCGAGGUUUUAUAUUCAAAAGCGAUACCUUUCGACAAAUAUCAAAGGUUUUAAAAAUACACUAUUUAUCACCAUGGAAACGGUCAAAAAUUUUAAAUCAUCAGUGAUAUGUUAAUUUUCAUGUAUUUUUCUAAUAGUGCAGUGGACGCAACAGUGCAGUGGUAACACUGUUUGACUACGAAAGUAGGGGUCAGGAGUUCGAGCCCCCACUUCUUCAACUAAAUUUACUAACAUUGGGAUAAGAAUCCCGUGUAUGGGUACUUUACACCUGACACGCUAAAGAACCAGGGAAGCUAAGCUAACUAAAAGUGAAGAGAAUGACUUGAUGUCACUACCUACUGGAACGUUUGGUAUUCUGGCUUUUGCAUCUGUUCAAUCAAUAAACCAAUGCCAGCUUAGAACCUUACACAGAAUUCGAUAUAACUGUGUCGCCAGAAGUAUAUUAUGAAGACGCAGACAAUAUAAAAGGAUUCUUAUAACAGCAGCUCGAUCUGGGAUGCGCGCCCAGAGUGAUCCGACCUUGCAAAAUCCACGAGAGCAGAAUACAAAAUCCUAGAUCUAGCUACUGUUAUAUUGACCCUCUUAUUAUAUACCUCUACCUUGUUAUUUGUUGUUUUGUUAUUGAACGUAAUCUUCAAAGUUUAUCCAUAUUAAAAUGGAACUAAG